AUGGGGAAUAAAAAGAAGCAAGAAAUGUCCCAAGUAUAUUAUGGUUCUAAAAAUGAAUUUAUAUUUGGUGAAACUGGCGGUAAAGGUAAAAAUUUAUCAAGUUUUUUAAAAAAUUUAUCAUUAACUGGUGGUUCAACUGAUUCAAUAAAUUCAACUAAUAUUCAAGAAAAUCCUUCAUUUGAAGAAAUUAACAAGAAUAUUUAUGGUAGUUUGAAGUAUAAUAGUCCAAGCUCAAAUAAUGGUGGAUCAAUUUUAAAACCAACGACUCAUAGAACAGUUUCAACUAGUUCAAUUAAACAUAACAUUAAACAUAUACCCACGGCACGUAGAUCACAUUCAAGUCAAAGAUAUACAGAUUUAGAUGAUGAUUGGGAUUCAAAAUUAGAUGAAGUUGAAGUGGAUCCAUUAUAUCCAAAUUUAAUUACACCCACCACCAAAUCUAAACCAAAACGUAAUCAUGAUUCAUUAGAUUAUGAAGAUUUACAAGCAAAGCAAGAAAUUAAUAAAUUAAAUCAAUUAAAUAACAAAUAUGCAAAAUUUAGAAAAAUACUAGCAUCUGAUUCGAUUAUAAAUUUACAAGAUUUAAGAAAAUUAUCAUGGAAUGGAAUUCCAAAUGAACUAAGAGCUUUAUCAUGGUUAUUAUUAUUGGGUUAUUUACCAACAAAUAAAUCAAGACAAAGUUCCACAUUAAAAAGAAAAAGACAAGAAUAUAUCGAUGGAAUAUCUGGAAUAUAUACAGAAGAUAUUAAAUCAAAACAAUUAUAUCAUCAAAUAAAAAUUGAUGUUAAAAGAACAAAUCCAACAAUAAAAUUAUAUUCCAGAGAAUCAACCCAAGAAUCGUUACGAAAAAUAUUAUAUCUUUGGGCAAUUCGACAUCCUGCUAGUGGUUAUGUGCAAGGUAUAAAUGAUUUAUGUACACCAUUUUAUCAAAUCUUUUUAAAUAAUUAUCUUUGGCAAUUACAAAGGAAAGAUCAAGAAGAAGAUCUAUUUAUACCUGGAUAUUUAGAUUCAAAUGAUGAGAAAGAACAACAAUUAUUAUCGGAUUCAAAUUUAAUGAAUUAUGAUUUAGAUAAUUUUGAUCCAAGUUUAUUGAGUGAUAGAGUAAUUUCAAUAAUAGAAGCUGAUACUUAUUGGUGUUUAUCAAGAUUAUUAGAAAAUAUAACUGAUAAUUAUAUACAUCAGCAACCAGGUAUAAUUCGACAAGUUAAUGAAUUAAGGAAUUUAAUAAGUAAAAUAGAUUUAGAUUUAUUGAAACAUUUUGAUCUGGAAGGCGUUGAAUUUAUACAAUUUUCAUUUAGAUGGAUGAAUUGUUUAUUAAUGAGAGAAUUACCAAUACAAUUAAUUAUUAGAAUGUGGGAUACAUAUUUAAGUGAAAGUCCAUUAGGUUUUAAUACAUUUCAUACAUAUGUUUGUGCAGCAUUUUUAAUCAAAUUUAGUAAUGAAUUACAACAAAAAGAUUUUCAAGAGAUAUUAUUAUUUUUACAAUCACCACCAACUUCAAACUGGAAGGAAAAAGAUGUUGAAUUAAUGUUAAGUGAAGCAUUUAUAUGGCAAAGUUUAUAUAAGAAUGCUUCAGCUCAUUUACGAUAA